UGUGGUGCUCCGUGUGGCACAUUAAAAGGGUUAUGGCUCCGAGCUCCAGAUAGCAACAAAACGCAGUUUAUUCGUCGAAAAUGACGCCGAAGGUGAAGAAGUCCUCACAGGAAACUGGACACAUAAAUGAGGCCUGAUAAGGUAGAGUUAUCGUUGAAACUCGUCGAAGAUGUUGGAUUUUUGUCAGAACGGUUUCGAGGAAAAAUAUGAGGGUCAUCAAAGUGGUACGGAAGCCGAGGACGAACCUCUUCUCCGGGAGAACCCCAGACGGUUUGUCAUCUUUCCCAUCCAAUAUCCGGAUAUCUGGAAGAUGUACAAGCAAGCUCAGGCGUCUUUCUGGACGGUGGAGGAGGUUGAUCUCUCCAAAGACUUGGUGCACUGGGACUGCUUGAAGCCUGAAGAAAAACAUUUUAUCUCGCAUGUUUUAGCUUUUUUUGCCGCCAGUGAUGGGAUUGUCAACGAGAACCUGGUGCAGAGGUUCAGCCAGGAAGUGCAGCUCCCUGAAGCACGCUCCUUCUACAGUUUCCAGAUCCUCAUAGAGACAGUUCACUCAGAGAUGUACAGCAUGCUCAUCAACACUUACAUCAGGGAUCUGAAAGAGAGGGACCGUUUGUUUAACGCUAUUCAGACCAUGCCGUGCGUGCAAAGAAAAGCGGAUUGGGCCCUCCAAUGGAUAAAUGACAACAAAUCCACCUUUGGGGAGCGUCUUGUGGCUUUUGCAGCAGUGGAGGGGAUUUUCUUCUCAGGCUCAUUCGCUGCUAUCUACUGGCUGAAGAAGAGAGGCCUCAUGCCAGGCCUUACCUACUCCAACGAACUCAUUAGCAGGGAUGAGGGUCUGCAUUGUAACUUUGCCUGCCUGCUGUUCAGCUACCUGCUGAAAAAACCUUCAGAGGACAGAGUCAAAGAUAUUAUUAGCAAGGCUGUGAGCAUUGAGCAGGAGUUUUUGACAGAGGCCUUGCCAGUCGAUCUGAUUGGAAUAAACUGCUGCCUCAUGAAGCAGUAUAUCGAGUUUGUAGCCGACCGGCUGCUCGUUGAUCUUGGAUCGCCCAAGGUUUACAAUGUGGAAAAUCCUUUUGACUUCAUGGAGUCCAUUUCUCUUGAGGGAAAAACAAACUUCUUUGAGAAAAGAGUAGCAGAGUACCAGAGAUUCGGAGUGAUGUCAAGCAUGACGGACUGUGAAUUCACUCUGGACGCAGACUUCUGAAACCAAGGGAACACUGUCAUUACUGUCCUGGUUUUCACAAAGCAAUCACUCCCUGAAUUACAUUUGAAGUUUUCUUUAUCCAAACAAAACAAAAGCUUCUUAAUAGGUGUUAAAUUGGGAAAAAUACAACCUCAGAUAAACAACAUAUGACAUAAUAAUAUGACAUAAUGCUUGUAUAAUAAAAGUGAAGCCUUUUCUUGUUGUUUAUCUGGGAUUUUAUGUAUAAUUUUUUUAACACUUACUAAGACGAAGCUGGUUUACAUUUUAUGGUAAGAUGUAUAGCCUUAGAAAUUAAAAAAGGCAUACUUUAUUUUUUGUGACUAUUUGUUAUAUUUGAUCUAUUUGUAUUUUCUUUGGCAAAGUGGACAUUAGGUAAAACAUGCCAAAGUUUUAUGUUUCCUUUAGAUUAAAUCAGUUUUCAUUAUGUUGGAAAGUUACUGUUUGCUAUUACUUCUUCACACAAUUAACAACUUGUAAAGGCAGUAUGGAAAACGAACCAAAUCCUGAAAGCAUUUUUGUUGGUUUACAUUUGGUUUACUCACUUUAACAGUGUACUUUGUGUUUCUAUGGUCAUAAAUUAUGCGCGAGUCUCCAAAGACGAUUAUAUUCCAACUCAUUUUACAUUAAACGGUGAUUUUUAAACAAG